AUGUGCUGCACUAUAUUUAUUCUUGCUGCUCUGACCGUGGUAUCUACAGCGUUGCCAAGUUCAACGAAUAUGGGUUCGAUUGCGACAUGGAGGGCUAAACGGCAAUGUUUCAUGGGCAGAUGUGGCACGACUCCGUUGUGCAGUAUUUGCCCAGUGUGCUGCUCGGAUUCACCACAAAUGGUUAUGGAGAUGCCGCCACCAAAGAGCUGUUGUGCAGCCCCGAGACCGUCACCAAGUUGCUGUCAAGCGCCGUCACCACCACCUCCUCCUCCUCCAGUAGUCUCGGCUGUUCAGUGCUGUAGAGCUGCUCCUGCACCAAUGAAUCCCUGUUGUCAGGCUCUCGCUCCUCCACAGCCACCACUUGAUCAAGAGCAGUGCUGUCUUGCAGCGCCAUCUCCAAAUAACAUUUGCUGUCGAGAGAUGGCUCCUGCUCAAAUGCAAGGGCCACCUCCUUGUAGAUGUGGCGCCCGUCCGGCAGAGAUGGAGUGUCCCAGCUGCAUUCCCUAUAGACCAAGAUGCCCUCCGAUGGCGAUCUCCUGCAGACUAGCGUUUCGUGUCAGAAGAGACGCCCAUCAAGCGCUGCUUCCUCGUCUGCAAACACACUUGUUGUAA